AUGUGCUUUCAGCAGUGCCCUAAGAGAGUGCUUCUGGGCUCUGCAACCGCGGACGAAGGCGUUUUACUCUGCAGAGGAGAAAAGUCUCAGGGCAGCUUCUCGCCAGCAUCCCAGCAUCGCUGCUCUCGCAUCUCCCAGUUCUGGACCUUGAGAGAGACUGUUUUCAGGCAAAAAGAAAACAAUAUUCGUUGUUUAACUACGUUUGGACAUUUUGGUUUUGAAUGUUUGCCCAAUCAGCUGGUGAACAGAUCUAUCCGACAAGGAUUCACUUUUAAUAUUCUCUGUGUGGGGGAAACUGGAAUUGGAAAAUCAACACUGAUUGACACGUUAUUUAAUACAAACUUGAAAGAUAACAAAUCCUCACAUUUUUACUCAAAUGUCAGUCUUCAAAUACACACAUAUGAACUUCAGGAAAGCAAUGUUCAGUUGAAAUUGACUGUCGUGGAAACAGUGGGUUAUGGUGAUCAAAUGAACAAAGAAGCCAGCUACCAACCAAUAGUUGACUACAUAGAUGCCCAAUUUGAGGCUUAUCUUCAAGAGGAGCUGAAGAUUAAACGUUCCUUGUUUGACUACCACGAUUCCCGCGUCCACGUGUGUCUGUACUUCAUUUCACCCACAGGACAUUCCCUGAAGUCUCUUGAUCUGUUAACAAUGAAGAACCUUGACAGUAAGGUGAACAUUAUACCACUGAUUGCCAAAGCAGACACCGUUUCUAAAAAUGAUUUACAGACGUUUAAGAGGAAGAUAAUGAAUGAACUGAUUAGCAAUGGCAUCCACAUAUAUCAGUUCCCAACAGAUGAUGAAACUACUGCUCAAGCGAACUCCUCAACUAAUGGACUGUUACCCUUCGCCGUGGUUGGCAGUACAGAGGAAGUGAAAGUUGGAAAAAGGAUGGUCAGAGGCCGUCACUAUCCGUGGGGAGUUUUGCAAGUGGAAAAUGAAAAUCACUGUGACUUCAUUAAGCUCCGAGAUAUGCUUCUUUGUACCAAUAUGGAAAACCUAAAAGAAAAAACCCACACUCAGCACUACGAAUGUUACCGGUACCAAAAACUGCAGAAAAUGGGCUUCACGGACGUGGGCCCCGACAACCAGCCAGUUAGUUUUCAAGAAAUCUUUGAAGCCAAAAGACAAGAGUUCUAUGAUCAAUGUCAGAGGGAAGAAGAGGAGUUGAAACAGAAAUUUAUGCAGCGAGUCAAGGAGAAAGAAGCAACAUUUAAAGAAGCUGAAAAAGAGCUGCAGGACAAGUUUGAGCAUCUUAAAGUGAUUCAACAGGAGGAGAUAAAGAAGCUCGAAGAAGAGAAAAAACAGCUGGAGGGAGAAAUAAUAGAAUUUUAUAAAACGAAGGCUGCCUCCGAAGCACUGCAGACUCAGCUAAGCACCAAUACAAAGAAAGACAAAGAUCGCAAGAAAUAA